AUGGCUCACCUAGCACAUGACCAAACAUGUAACCUACUCGCUGCUUUGCCUUUUCCUCCUCCCUUUGUCGCCUUGCCGUCACUCCCCAAAGCUGCCUCCUUCGUCCCUCCUGCGCCGCCCUUUUGCGUCCCACAAAUGGCGUCGACCUACACUCAGCUUGCCAAAGUGGCCUCAAAGUCAACGGCCUCGAGGCAAUUUACACUUAACGACAUCGAAAACCAACCCGCUGCAAUCCGCGGUGGCGUCACCCAAAUCACCAGUGAGCUUACAAAGCUUCAGAAAGAUUUACAGAACAAUGUCACCGAUAAGCUCAAGAAGCUGAAAGAAAGUGGCCUUAAUGACGGUAAUACACCGUGGACAAUUGAAGGUAAACCAGACAAAGGCCUCACUAAUAUCACCGCAGACAUCGAGACCAUUAAAACCAGGGACGUUAAGGACGUGAGGGACAAACUCAAGGAGCUGUGCACGGCGAUUAGAAUGUUAGCAAAAGAUGCCGAAUGGUUUCUUAAUGAAUUGAAGGAUGGCAAAAUUGGCGAGCAACUCAAGCAAAUAAGAGAUGAAAUUGACAAGCUACACGGCCGUCUGGUGGAUGGUCCCAUAAAAGACCUCAGAGCCCUUUUAAGAUUCAUCGACAACGGCAAGGCGCAAAUAAUCCGUGACCUUCACGCAUUCGUCGACAAGGAGAUCAAGGAAGCCGAAGACACAUUGAUCAACGAGGCACGCCGGCAAUGUGUCUCCAACGUCAAGGAGCUUUUGAAGUUGUUCGCCCAGAAGGUGGAGGAAGAAUUGAAUCCCUUACCUCCGUUAAUAACCGAGGAUCUGCAGAUGGGGUAUAAAGGGUUUAUGUAUGAUUUCCAGCAACGCUUCGUCACUCACAUAUCCCUCUAA